UGUUGUUUUGGCUGCCUGCAAUCACGGCUAGAUAUUCCUUUGAAUCUGUAGCUGGCAAAACUCCAAAGAGAAGACGAUCAAUCCCAACUGAAAGGUAAAUGAACUGAACAAGCACUCCCUCGAUAGAGAAAACCCAUUUCAAUCCUCUCUCUCUCUCUCUCUCUCUCUCCUCAAUCACUCCUUUGAUGGCUGAGUUACAGCCGCCGGAAGUCCUACCUGACACAGGCCCAACCACCACUACUACCACUACCACUGCCGCCACUCCAAUAGUACCCGUUUCUUCUGAAAUCGACAACACCACCAGCAAUAUCGGCACAAGUUUAGGACCAAAACGCCAACGCCGGCCGAGUGUCCGUCUGGGCGAGAUCGGGGAUCCACCAGCCACUGUCUCCAACGAUUCUCAUCCCCGACGACCCAAAACGACCUGGAAAUUUCAUAAACACCCGAGGUUAGUCACUAAAACCUCCAAAACUCGACCUUUGACCAACCUCGUCAACGGGGGUGAUAAUAACCAUGACAACCUGAACACCAACGAAGACAACAGCACCCACAACCCCGAACUCGGGAGCCAAAUGCCCAAAUUGAAAAAACCUACAAAAAAAAUACGAACCAAUUUGGCGGCCGCAGCCUUGAAACUCGACAACGGCGGCGUCGUUGGGGAUAAUAGUAGAGAAGAUAAUGAUGAUGGAAAAGCGUUCAGGGAAUUCGAAGCUGAGGAUUCGGAGAGUCCGCUGAAAGAACAGAGCCCAGUUCAAUCGAUUGACAAUGCGGAGUUCGAUUUUUGGCAUCGGAGGCCAAUUAGGGCUAGGGUUUCGAAGAGUCGUGAUGGAGAUCAUGAUGAGAAUGGAAUGCCGGAAUCGAAUUCUCGGGAGGAACGGAAUUGCGUAACAAGCAAUGAAGGGGUAAGAGAUUGGCUGAUUGGGCUUGGAUUGGGGCGUUAUGCGCCGGUUUUCGAGAUACACGAGGUGGACGAUGAGGUUCUACCGAUGUUGACAUUGGAGGAUUUAAAGGAUAUGGGGAUAAAUGCUGUUGGUUCUAGGCGCAAAAUGUACAUCGCCAUUCUCAAGCUUCGGAAGAGGUUUGGUUUUCGUGAAGAUUUCUGCCAUUCUUAACAACUCAGCGGCCAGGGCCAUAGACAUAGCCAUAGCCACAGCCAUAGCAGGAACAAAAAAACUUCAAUGCAUGUCUGAGAAGAGAGGUUUGAGUUCUUUUUGAACUGUUUUUUUGAGGAUUUCUUUGGGUUUUCUUUUU